AUGAAUACAUAUAGUCGAUCUCCAUUAGAACCAGUUACUUAAAAUAAAGAAUAUUUUACAUAAUAAUCUUCAUCAAAGGUGAUAACAAGUACAAUCAGAUAGUGUACUUCAGUGACUUAAAAUUUAGGAGUAUCUUAAAUGAAAAGAUCAAUGUAAAUAAUUGUAUUUAUUAAUAAAAAGGUCAGGAAAUAAUAUCUAUUCAUCAUAAAUAAAUAACCCUCCUCCAGCCAGAUAAUAAUUAGGUAAAAACCUUGAUAUAGUUUGUUUUUUGAUGGCUUGUGAAGUAGAAAGAUUUGUGGCUGAAAAUGAUAAACUAAAGUAUAGAAUAAAGGAGAUGGAUGAUAAAUUAUUAGAUAGAAAUAGUUAUGAAAAAUAAAUAGAAGAUUUAUAAGCUAGACUAAUCUAAAUGCAAUAUUAGGAGAGUAUGUUCAGGUACAUUAUAAUGAAAAUUUAUUAAGAUAAGAAGUUGAGAUUACAACCUCUUAGUAUAGUGAGGAAAUAGAGAAUUGGAAGAUUAGAUAUUUUAAUAAUGAAGAAAAAUACAGAAAUGAAAAUGAUUCACUGAAGCAAUAACUUUUAGUUGGAAAUUCAAAGUAAUAAAAAGAAAUCGACGAUUUAAAGAGUCAGUUAUUAAAUUAGAAAGAAAUGAAUGUAAAUCAAUUUGAUUAAUUAUAACUAGGAAAAUGAAUUAUAAAAACUUAGAGAAUAAUUAUUAAAUAAAUAAUAAGCAAUAGAAUAUUAUUAAGUAGAGCUAAAUCAAUAUGAAACUGAAUUUUAAUAAUACAAAUAAUAAGAAGAUAAAAUAGUUUAAUUGGAAAAUAAAAUUGGGAUGCUUGUUUGUGAAACUGAGAGAUUGAACAAUUUAUUGAAAUAAAAAUUAGAAGAAUUAGAAAUGAACAAAGUUAGAUAUAAUAAUAUGGCUUAAGAAGCUGAGAAAUGGAGAAAUGAAUUAAGAUCUUUAUAAAAUUAAUUUGAUAAAAAACAGAAAGAUUAUGAUUAACUUAAUUAAGCUUAUGUUUUAACUUAAAAUGAAUUAAUCAAAUAUAAGGAUUAGGAUUAAAUUAUAGAUUAAAUGUAAAAUAAAAUAGUUCUUUUAUAAGGAGAGAUUGAUAGACUCAAUUAAGUAUUAAGAGAAAAGAUAAAAUAAGGAGAAGAAUGGAGAUAAAAAUAUUUUGAUUCUGAUAAUUAAUGUAAAGAAAUGAAAUAGAAAUUAACUAAAUUAGAUUCAUUGUAAUUGUAAUUAAAAGAUUAAGUUGAUAUGCUUUAAUAAAUGAGCAAUAAUUUAGAAGAUUAAAAAAUGAAAAAUUAUUAAUUGCAAUAAUCUAAUAAUAAUUUAGAGUAGGAUAAUCAAGAUUUAAUUAACAGAAUUGAAUUGUUAACCUCUGAAAUAGAAAGAUUAAAUAAUAUUUUAAGAUAAAAGAUUCAUGAAUUAGAAGAAUGGAAAUAGAAAUCUUAACAUUAUGAAUAAGAAUUUAAAAAUAAAUCAAUUCAAUAUAAUGAUAUAAAAAGUAAGUUGAAUUGUUUAACUUAAGAAAUUGAUAGAAUGUAAGAAUAAUUAAGAUAAAAAUAAUUGGAGUUAUAAAAUCUAUAAAUAAAUUAAAAUUAAUUAUAAAAAGAGAUGAAUAAUCAAGAAUAAAUUAAUUAAUCCUUAUAGAAGCAGAUUGAAGAAUGGAAAAGAAAAUAUACUAAUUUAGAAUAUGAUUUAUAAGAAUCAUUAAUGAAGAAUAAAAAACUAGUUGAAUAUGAAAAUACAAUUGCUAUGAUAUCAUAAGAAUUAGAAAGAUAGAAAAUGUUAUUUUAAUAAAAGUCUUAAGAAUUUGAUGAUUAAAGAAGAUAGAUGAUGGGUGAUAUUUAAAAACUAAAAUAAAGUAUGGGAUUAAAAUCAACAGAAACAGAAGAAUGGAUGUCAAAAUACAGAAGAUUAGAAUAAGCUUAUUCUGAAUUAAGUUAAAUGAAUAGAAUAGUAGAAGAUAAAUGGAAAUAAUCACUUAUAAGAAUUAUUUUACAUUGUUCUGAAAUUGAUAGAUUAACUUAAGUUUAAGCAGAAAUCUUUGAUGAAAAUGAACAAUUGACAAAUUAAAUUUCUCAUUAUUAAAGUUAAUUAAAAAUUAAAGAUGAUUAAUUAUAUAAAGCUUUAGAUAGAAAUAAUUUAUUAUAAAAAUUAUAAGAUGAAGAAAAGAGUAAAAGACAUAAUUUAGAAAGUUAAUUAUCUAGUUUAAAAAUAUUUUAAGAAAAUUGUUAAAUAUUGGAAUAAAAAAUAAUAAGUUUGACUACAGAGAAUUAAAGACUAAAUGAAUAAUUACGAUUAAGAAAUGGAGAGAUUGAAGAUUAUAGAACAUAAAUUUAAAGAUAUGAAAAUAAGAUAUAAAUUAGUAAUUAAGAGUUGGAGAGAGUAAAUUAAUAAUUAAGAAAAGCUUUUACAGAAUAAGAUGAAAUAAGAAAAGAGAAAGAGAGAUUAGAAUCAUAGUAUAAUAUACUUUAAAGAUAAUAUGAUGAAUUAAAACAGAAAUAUAAUUCAGUAGAACUAUAUAAAACUAAAUAUAUUGAAUUAGAGAAUAGAUGUGCUAUGUUAUCUACAGAAAUUGAAAGAUUAAAUUAAUUAUUAAUGAAUAGAUAAGAUGAAAUUGAUUAAUUGAAAAAGAAAUGUUAUUAAUUGGAAUAAUAAAUAAUAUAGUUAAAACAAUAUGAAGAAAAUGUAAAUGAUAUAAAUAAUAUAUAUUUUAGAUUAGAAUAUUAUCAAAUGAAAUCGAUAGAUUAUAAGGAAUCAUAGAUGUUAAUGAGGCUGAACUAAAAUAAUGGCGACUUUAAUAUGCAGAUGGAGGAGCAUAAACUAGAAAAAUUUAAGAUCUCUUUUUUCAUUUUGUGGUAAUUCUAAAAUUAAUUAAUAGAUGUAAUCAGCUGAGAUUGAGAGUCUCAGAGCUAGAGUUUAAGAAAAAGAGAAAGAAGUAGAAGAAGUUAGAAGAAGUAGUUUAGCUCCAUAUAGAAGAUGAG